AUGUCUGUCGUUCUCCAGCGUACUGGGCAAAAGAUGCCUCUUGUCGGUUUCGGGUUGUGGAAGGUCACCAAAGCGUCUUGCGCCGAUACUGUUUACAACGCAAUCAAAGCUGGCUAUCGCCUUCUCGAUGGUGCUGGCGACUACGGGAACGAGAAGGAAGCUGGCGAAGGAGUCAAACGCGCCAUAGCGGAAGGCCUUGUCAAGCGGGAGGAUCUAUUCAUUACCUCCAAGCUUUGGAACACUUUCCACGCCAAAGAACACGUCAAACCUAUCGCCCAAAUGCAACUCGGACUGUGGGGAAUCGAAUACUUCGAUUUGUUUUUGGUUCAUUUCCCAAUCGCCUUGCAAUACGUCGAUCCAGCGGAGCGUUAUCCUCCAGAAUGGCAGGAUGCCGCGAAAAAAGUCGUGACCUUGCAAGGCACUCCCAUCCAGGAGACAUGGCAAUCUAUGGAAGAACUCGUCGAUGUUGGAAUUGCAAAGAAUAUUGGCAUUAGCAACUUCCAAGGCUCCCUCAUCGCUGACAUGCUUCGCUAUGCCAGAAUCAAGCCCCAAGUUCUUCAAAUUGAACUUCAUCCUUACCUGACCCAAGAGGCGCUGGUCAAGUAUGCGAAGGAAGUCGGGCUCGCCAUUACAGCUUACUCGUCGUUCGGACCAGCGAGUUGGAUCGAACUCUCUAUGGACCAAGGUGCACCGAGCCUGUUGGACCAUGAUGUGGUUAGCGCCGCAGCGACCAAACACAACAAAACUACGGCCCAGGUUCUACUUCGCUGGGCUACGCAACGGGACAUUGCCGUUGUACCCAAGUCCAACAAUCCCUCACGUCUGGCUCAGAAUCUUGACUGCUUGUCGUUUGAUCUCAGCGCUGAGGAGAUGAAGGAAAUCAGCGCCCUGAACUUCAACUUGCGCCUCAACAAUCCCGCUGACAUUGACCCUCGUAUGGCGAUUUUCGCUUGA